AUGCCAUAUCUCCUUGAUCCAAUACUUUCAGCAACUGAAUAUCAAAGACCAAAAUAAAGCGGUCCUGAUAUUGUCCAUCAUUGGGGAAUUGUAGUUACCAAUAAAUCAGGUAGCUAUCUAGUUCAUAAUAUGCCUGAAACUGGAACAGUUGCUACUCCUGUUUCAAAUAUGUCAAAUAAUUGGAAACCUUAUCAGAACCUAAAAGUUGGAGACAAUAAAACUAUUUAAGGAAUGUUUUAAUCAACUGGUCCUGCAGCAUACUUUCCCCAAGGAUUUGACAAAUACAUAACGCAAGGAACAUGUUUAGGUGCAACUGAGUUAAUGAAAUUGUAUUUGGCAUGGUGA